CCGCAACUAUUGUCAACGUGGCAUCAAUUUUACAUGAUAAAGCUGAAGAUCGCCAUACUGCCUACGGGUCUGGAUAUGUGUAUGUGAAGAACACUGCCUGAUACCUUUCGGGCCUUGUAACAUUCACCAUCAAGUCUGUGGUUGGUCACUCUCGCCUAUAAGUAAUGAGUAGCUCACAGAUUGAUGAUGGCCUCAUCGCCCAUCUCAAAAUGAUAUAUCGCUCGUAUCGAUACACUUCUAACAUUGACGCCAAAGGGGCAUUCUUUAGCUCAUCUUGUUAUCAGAUCUGCCGUCCAAAUCCCUCCUUUGCCGCCAGCAACAGAGACACCAUCGUCGGAUACCUGCACGAUUACGCCCCAAAACCCACAACAACAGAAGCAAACAAGAUACCCACUCAGAAAGGCUUCUACACGAUCCGACCACUUCGAGACAAUGAGUACGAAUUUGGAACGGACGAGCAGGUUGCCCCAGCUGGAUUUGCUUCAGUGGAAGAGGCCCGGAGCAAGGCUUUGCUGGAAGGUUGGGUUGGCAUGAGAGUUGAUUUGUGGGACGAUUCGGCAGAGGGACAAGUUAAUAAACAAGAGAACAGCCUUCUGGUGAAAGUACAGUAUUGGUGGAGAAAGGAAAAUGAUGUCUGGCUUCAGAUAUUCCACGAUAUUAUGUACAUGGGCCCGCGCGACGGGACAGAAGGAUUGGAUGGCGAGAUCUUGGAGUAAGUCUGGUAGCCACCCGAUGUGAUAAACUUAUUCAUAUCUAGGGAAGCAAGAUGUCUUGCCUUUUUCUUCGGCAACAAUACGAGGUUCUUGUAUACCA